UCCUACUCCAAUAUUCAUUUAACUCAGCUGCAGAUAUGAGUAACCAUAUGCUUCUCCUCCUCGCCAUUGUUGCUAAUCACUAUGCUUCCACACUGAGUGCCAACACAGACCAACAAAUCUUCAACGGUUUCUCCACGGCCAAUCUGAAGCUUGAUGGCCAAGCAUCUGUCACAGGCCAAGCUAUACGGCUCACCCAAGGUAUUUCCAGUGAACAAGGGAGUGCUUUCUACAGCAAGCCUCUCAAUUUCAGCAGUGAUAACGCCAGCACUGGUGAUGGUGGAGCCUCCUUCUCAACAACCUUCGUGUUUGCCAUCACUGAUGCCACCAUGGACCUUCUGGAAACUUCUGGCAUGACCUUCCUGCUCUCCUCCACCAUGGAGUUGCAUCAUAUGUACAACUCAUCAGGUCAGUAUAUAGGACCCCCUGGCAAAGUUGGUAACAACUCUAAGCCUGAUGAUCAAUUCUUCUUUGCCGUCGAGUUCAGUGGUAUUGGCGAGAACCAUAUCGAUAUAGAGGUCAAAAGCAUGGUCUUUGUUGACUCCCUGAUCAAAAACUUCUACAGGUCCAAUACCAGGUUUGAAAGCAGUGAACUUAGCACUGGUAAACCAAUGCAAGUGUGGGUGGAAUACGAUAGCCAGUUGCAAAAGCUAAACAUCACCCUAGAGGAAUUUGACGAGUUCCACUUGACCAAACCCCAAUCUCUGCCACAGUUUUCAUUCAGUGUCAAUCUCUCAUCUUUGAUAUCAGACUCUGACUUAGUAUAUGCUGGGUUUUCUGCAAUUGGUCAAACCGAUUGCAGUCUUUAUGUUAUUGGCUGGAGUUUCAUGUUAAAUGGAAAAGCUCCACUACUGAACAGAACUGCUCUGAAUCAAGUACUGGCAGGUCUUCCUGUAGAAAACAAACAAAAACAGGAUCGCAUCAGCAACAAUAAGCACAUGGGCAUGGGCAUUCAUUUGAGUGUACUCCUACCAACAGCCACUUUGGUUACCGUUGCAUUAGUUGUUUCCAUUGUUCUAGUUUCUUACAACGUCAAGUCUUGGAUGAAGGGAAACUUUGGACAUGGUAUGUAUGAAAUUGAGUGUGGGUUGCCAUCUUUCACAUAUAAAGAGCUAAGUUCUGCCACCAUCAGGUUCAACAAAAAAAUGAUCCUUGGGGAAGGUGGAUUUGGGAAAGUCUAUAAGGGUGUGCUGGGUCUCUCUAAGCAGAGCAUUGCAAUCAAACGGGUCUCUCCAGAGUCGAAGCAGGGUAUGAAGGAGUUCAUGGCUGAGAUUGAAAUUCUUGGUCACCUUCGCCACCGUAACCUUGUCCAAUUGAUCGGCUACUGUCUUCAUAAGCAGGAGCUCCUUUUAGUCUAUGACUAUAUGCCUAAUGGCAGCCUUGAUUCACACUUGCAUAAUACAGACAAACCAAUUCUAGUUUGGGCUCAAAGGCUUUGCAUCAUCAAAGGGGUAGCAUCUGGCCUGUUGUACUUGCAUGAGGACUGGGAGCAGGUAGUCAUCCAUCGAGAUGUUAAGACAAGCAAUAUUCUCCUUGAUGAUGAAAUGAAUGGGAGGUUAGGUGACUUUGGCCUUGCAAGACUGCACAACCAUGAAUCUGAUGCACAUACCACACAUGUGGCAGGCACCUGGGGUUACAUUGCUCCAGAGCUGGGUAGACAUGGGAAGGCGACCAAGGCGACUGAUGUGUAUGCAUUUGGCAUAUUUUUAUUGGAAGUGGUAAGUGGAAAGCGGCCAAUAGAGGUGAAAGCCGAUGGGGAGACAUUGCUACUAGCAGAUUGGGUCCUCAACGCCUGGCAAAGUGGUUCAAUCAUUGAUGCUGUCGAUACAAGGUUACCAGAAGAAUAUGAGCCUGAGGAGCUAGAGCUAGUCCUCAAACUUGGUCUCAUAUGCACCCACUCAUUACCCAAGAAAAGACCUUGCAUGCGAUUAGUAAUGCAGUACCUACUAAAGGAUACACCCAUCCCAGACUUCCUGCCAAGUUUCUUGACCACCGAUGCAAAUAAAGAUGAAGACUUCAAUGAGCAGGUACUGCCCUGUCCCUCAGUGGCAACAUCUACAACAGGUCUUUCUGGAGGAAGGUGAAAUAAGAAUCAGGUCAUGUAUUGUAAAUUUAGUUAAAUUGGUCAUGAGCUUGAUAUGCAAAUGCAACUAUUUUGUUAAGAAACAAUGUUGUACCAAAAUAAAUAUAAUCAAUUUCUUGCAACGUAGUAAACAAUAUGUAAGUUAUAGUAAUUUCCAGAUACAGAAACUAGAAAUACUGUAUGCUAGGAAUCUAGUAAUUUGCACUAUUUGAAUACUUGUCAUGUGGAUCUUAAAUCAGGCCUAUGAUAUAACCGUAACAGAAUAUAUAUUCUUGUACAUCCAAAGCAUCUGAGCUCACUAUCA